UCUGGCUUCACAUUCAUUUUUACAAUGUUGGCCGACUCCACCCCCCCCCGGAGGGAACGGGUUAAAGGUUGACUUGGGUUACGCAACACAUUCCGGUCUUGUCUCGCUGAAACUGACACCACACAAGCAAAGCAGUCACCAUGUUGGAGCUGAUGCAAGAUGAGGUGUUCAAGGCUUUUAGCACCUACACACUUAUUGUCAUCCUCAAGUUGAUGCUUAUGUCACCUUUGACUAGUUUUUACCGCUUCAGGAAAGGGUCUUUUGCCACGGAGGAGGAUGUGGCCUUUAAGCCUGCGGAAGAGAGAAAGAAACUGCUGAGAACCCACCCGGAUGUUGAGCGAGUUCGUAGGUGUCACCUGAAUGACUUGGAAAACAUCAUUCCCUUCGUGCUGGUCGGCUUGUUCUACGUCCUGAGUGGACCAGAACUCUCGGCAGCCUUGCUUCAUUUCCGGAUCUUUGCCGGUUCUCGGAUCUUCCACACCAUCUCCUACGUCGGGGCUUUUCCUCAGCCCUGCAGGGCUCUGUCCUUUUUCGUGGGCUUCGGAGCCACCCUAUCCAUGGCCUACAAUGUCUUCAGUCAGGUUUUCGUGAUCUGAUGACGAGAGCCGCUGCACAGUGACCAUUUUAUGCAUUUUAAACAUCAAACUGAAAUUCUGCUUGAGAAAAUUGUGAAGUCGCUGAAGUAUUUUGUUCAUUCAUUUGGCCUGUUCAAAUAUUCACUUCAAUAAUUUGGCAAAUAUUUUUGGGUCUAAUACAUUUUUUAAAAACAUUUAAAGAGGGUAUUGCAUCAGGAGGCCCACAGACAUUCAAAUUUUGACUUGGGGUCUGGUCUAUUGCCACCAAGCUGGUCUUUUCAUGGGGUUUUAUGUUCUGGUCCGUUUCUGUAGGGACCACCGCAUGGUUAAUUCAGGAUCGUCUUCUGCUAGAUCUGAAAUCUCAGAUUUGAAAAUUCCUCCUCCAUUCCCCAUACUCUAGAACUUUGAGGGUGAUAUUUUCCGGAUCGUCCAACUUCUUCGGGGUCUUAGGUAGCCUAUUGCGAUCAAGUAAAACGUUGCGGUGUUAAGUACAACACUCCCUCGAAUAUAAGGCAGAAUAAUUUAUUUAGAAUGACCGAGUCUGAUGUUAUGUUCUUAACAGUACUUUGAUCACUGGCAAUAAAGGAACCUGUCUGGGCACCUCCUGCUGCAUUCCACAACCGGUGAAAGGCCUUCCAGGCAAUCGUGUCGAUCUGAUCUUUGGACAGGUCUUUGCUUUUCAUGCCUUUGUGGUGAGGAACAAAAAAAAACCCAACAAAGAAAAAAAAAAGUCAUUGAGUUCCGAAAUGCACAUUUCCCACUGUUGAGCGGUAUUUACCGCAGCGUCUUAAAAGUAAAUUACGCUUUACAACUGCAGGGGGAGUCGGGGAGCUAUCGAUUGUACUUUAAUGCUACUUAUAAAGCAAAAGUCCGUCAGGAGAAUAUUACAAGCAGUGGAAGAAAUGUGAUCCGGGUCUGGUUGUUGACUGUUGUUUUGCAUGAUAGAGUUUUUUUUUCUUUCUUAGACCUACUGUUUUGUUAAAUUUGGAAAAAUGGGCUUAGUGAAAUUAAAUAAAACAAUAGCGCUCUGCCUGACUCGA